AUGAGCGAGAUCGCCAAAUUUAUUACUCAAAAGUUAAACGAAGAGCCUUUUAAAAAGAAUCUUAACUUAAUAAGCUUUGAUUCUCUUGAUUCAGUUCAGCUGUUGCAAACUCUGAAUGAUGUUCUAGCAGAAAUAGACAAAAAGCACAAAAUUGAUAUACGGGAGGAAUCUUCAGAUAUGACUGCUUUAAGAAUGAUUGAAGCAUUAAGAAUCUUUCGAUAUAAACCACCGGCUACAGCGGAUGAAUUACAAGGAAUAGUAAUGGGUGACAAACGAACCAUAUAUCCUAUUUUAGAAUGGUGUCUAAAAAGAAUUCCUGAACUAAAGAGACGAGCUUAUCUUGCUUGCUUUAUGGUUAAAAUUAAUGUACCAACAGAUUUCAUGCAGGAUGAAGAGAUCAGCACUCUCUACCGA